AUGGGCAUGACUCCCCUCCCAGUUUUUGUCCUCCUGUUAUUGAUUUGUUUCUGCAAGUUCGAUGAUCGCCUAACACCGGCAAAGCCACUCUCACCCGGUGACAAGCUCGUCUCAAAUGGUGUCAUCUUUGCUCUUGGCUUCUUCUCCCUGACAAACUCAACUUCAAACUCAUACAUCGGCAUAUGGUACCACCACAUCCCCGAGCCAACAUACGUGUGGGUCGCAAACCGCGAUAACCCCAUCGCCAGCAGUUCUCAUGCUAAUGAGCAAAAAGAAGACUGGUGCGCUGAAGAUUGCACUUCCAGUCUUGUCAAUUCUAUCAUUACUUGUGUGCAUUUGUCUUGUCUGGAUAUGCAAGUCAAGAGGCAAGCUCCAAACAAAGGCAUCCAUCGAUAUCUUGAUUGA